AUGGAGGAUUCAUCGACAUCCAUUAAUAUCGACAAUCUUGUACGCGUCUUCAAACAAAAUGAUAAUGGGAACCAAAAUCAAACAUCGGUUAAACCUGAACAUCACGAUCAAUGGAUUAACAAUUCAAUUUUUUUUCGACAAAUUACUCAAGAUAUUUCAAUGUUACCCACAAUAUCUACUAUUGCAAAAGAAAAUCCAUCGGAAUCUAAUCCAAACAUUAACAAAGAUUCUGAAAUAUCCACUGAUGACAAAGGUGCACAUGAAAUAAAAUUAUAUACAACUGAUCAAUUUCGUUCACGUAUUAAUCGAUUAUAUCCAUUUUAUUUGGAUUUUUUUUCUGAUAGAAUAUCAUCACUUGAUUUUGAACAACAUCGAAUGGGUUUAUAUCUAUUCUAUGAUAUUAAUAACGGUUGUUUAAUUAAUGAUCUAGAAAAAGAAUCACAGAAAAAAACCGAUCGAGGAAAAAAUAUGAAAAGAAUGAAUGGAUUGUUAUUGAAUGAACAUCGAUUAUUUAAUCAAUAUGCGAAAGAAUAUGCUACUAAACAUUUAACAAGAGAUUAUGAAGCAAUUAAAUCAUCAAUCAAUCAAUUUAUGCAAACAUGGCUUCAACGUAAAACAGAUUUGUUACUCAAGGAAAAAAAUUUAUUCGGACAGUAUUACUCACAACGUAUGGCUAUUCCAUUAAAUUCUUAUGAUUCCCUAACUCCUGUUACUUUCGUUAAUCUUUCAACUAUGUUACGUGUGGGUACAAUACCAUUAUUAACUAUUCCAGAAAAAAUUGAGCAAAUAAAUAUCAAAUGUAGUGAUAAUCGUGAUCGAAUUGUAACAAAUCGCUUCAAUCCAAACUAUCGAUUAACUAACUUAGUUGACGAUCCAAAUCUUCUUGCUAUACUUUCUCAACAUCCAUCUAUCGAUAUUGUGCUUUCAAAAUCAAGUUUUCAUCUAUUAAUUGAAUCAUUUUCAACAUCACCAUCAUUAUCACCAAUGACAUUACCAAUGUUGAUUCGAGAAUUUCAAAUUGAAACAUUAGAUAAUCCAACUUCUAUUCCAAAUAAGAAAAAAAUAAUUUUUAUUGAUAAACCAUUACGUCAACGUAUGUAUACAAAACGAGAAUUAAAUAAUAAAUAUUCUCAACGAUCAUUUCGUUCAUUAUUAUUAUCAACAACUGGAGGAAAACGGGAUCUAACUGAUAAUCAAUUUAAUUAUUCCAGUUUUAAUAAUAAAACUGAAUUUCAAAUAAUUGAAAUGAAAAAUAAAACAAAUGAAAACGGUUUUAUCAAACAAACAGAUCAAGAACAAGAAAAAAGAAAAAAUUUAACAGAUGAUGAAGAUGAAGAUGAUGAAGAUGCAAUGAUUAUUAGUACAGGUGAAUUUUCAUCAACAAACAAAGAAUCCUAUGGUGAUAUUGAGCAACAACAAAAAUUAUUUAAUAAAUCCAAACAAAAAAUAAUUCAUUCAGCACCUAUUCUUCAAGAACGAGAAACGAAUAAUUCAGAAAACGCAACAGAUAAUAACGAAAAUGGAUCAAUGCCGGUUAUUGGUCGUGUUAAACUUGCAACACCUGUUCAAGGUAAUUAUGAAUAUUGUUUAUGGCAAUUAGGUACACUUCAAAUGCUUAUUCGUUCAUCUUAUCAUGGAUUUUGUCGUCAUAUACUUCCUGAUAAUAAAACUAAUGAUGAAAUGAUAACAUGUUAUGCAAAACUCGAAUAUCAACCACAAUUUGGUUUGGAACAAAUUACAGAUAAAGAAUAUCGUUCAAUUUGGUUUGAAUCAUAUUUAAGACAUGGAGCAAGUGUUCUUCUUGGUCGAAUAAAUGUAUUUACUCAACAAUUACUUAAAGUUGAAAAAAUGGCUUAUGAAAAUAUCGAUCAAAACCUUAAAGAAUGUCAAAUUGAUAUGAUAAAACCAAUUACCAAAGUAUAUGGAUUAUUAUAUGGUUUACAAAGUUUGGAACCGAAUAAUUACUUAUUAUCGUGUCCAUUGAAUGAAAAUAAACUUUAUCUUUACCAAACAGUGUCAAAAGAAUCAAAUGAAAAAACAUCCGAUCUUCAUUCAGAACCAUUUGAAUCAAACGAUCUUCUUAUUGAACCUGAUCGUGUUUCUGUACCAUGGAUUCCUUUAACACCAGCUCUACUAUUACCAUAUCAUCUUGAUUUCGAACGUAUUCCAUUAACAUUUUGUCCACGAACUAAACGUAUUUAA